AUGGCAACUGUAAUCGAGUGCAUAUGCGCCGAUGGAACCGCUAUUUCACCUAUGGUCAUAUUCAAAGGGAAGCGGAUGUCAAAGUUUUGGUUCACCCAGAAUUUUGGUGGAAUGAGCCCAGUAAUAGCGACAUCAUCUGAAGGAUGGACAGAUCAAGAGCUGGGCGCGUUGUGGAUGGAGCAAUGCUUCGAACCAGAAACAGCUAUCCACAGCGACCCUCAGGCCCCGCGCCUCCUUAUAGUUGACGGCCAUAACUCUCAUACAACAUAUCGAUUUCUUGAAUAUGCCAACAGACACGAUAUCAUUGUCCUUUGCCUCCCACCACACACCACACACGCCCUUCAGCCAUGUGAUGUCGGUGUAUUUGGUCCAUUAUCACAAUCAUGGCGCUCUGUGGUCAGUGAGAAUGCUAUUAAAGGCAUUCAGGUGACAAAAUACAACAUGCUCGGGCUGUAUGCCGAGGCACAAGCAGCCUCAUUCAAGGAGGAGACAAUUCAAAAGUCAUUUCGCAAGACAGGGAUAUGGCCUGUAAACAAGGAUGCAUUGCAGAGCUCAGAUUUUGAGCUAUCACCGGCGACAACAACAGCGGUUCUUCUCCCAGAUCCUGACAAGGGCGCCUUAGAUUUGCUGGAUACGACAUUGAAGGCAUCAAACAAAGCUAUUGGAAUUGUCCAUUCGUCAUCCACAUCUCCUCAUCUGCCUUCCAGCUCGAUAGCUGCAGACCCCCCAGUUGAACAAGAUAAACUUGAAAGCCAUAUAGCGGCAAAUCCGUCGCAACUUCCAGCAGAUCUACGAGAUUAUGACGUCCCGGCUGCCUUGCGAGCCUGCUCAAUGCCUGCUUUGCCUGACGAGAAUGUUGAUAGCUCUGUGCUAAGGAGUCGCAUUCGCGAGUAUGAGCAGGUUAUAGCAGCACAGUCUGCUCAACUGAUGGUGGGCACCACCUGGAACAAGCUGUUCCAUUUGGAGAAUGGUCAGCUGCGUCAAAUCGCGCUCAAGAAAACCACGCGACGGAAAAACAAGUUCCUUAACACAAAGGCACGAGUUAUGACAUCUCCAGAGGGCCUGGACGAAAUCAAGGCAGACAAAGAGAGGCGAGCCGCAAAGGCAGCAGAGAAGGCAGCAAAGGCAGUGGCCCGAGCAGAAAAGGCUGAACUUAAGGGUAAAAGGGGUACUGGAGGACAGAAGGGCCAAAAAGUGCGAUUCCAGGUCAAGGACAACACCUCUGAUAUGGCAUCUGAUGCAGCCACCUCCGAUUCGGACACUGAUAGGCUCAGCAAUGCACAACCCACCCAUCGCACCACACGCUCAGGACUGUCUGCAAAGUUUAACAGCACUGGAUUGCAUGCGGAUCCAUCAAAGGCACCCCAGGCGGCAGCACAAGAUACCCCUGUCACCCUGCGUCGCGGACGGUCAGCUACCGCUCAGAAGGAGAACCCAAAAAGGCUAUCUACUGGUAUUAAGUCGGGUUCCUCACCAAAUAUUGGCUCUGGAAAUGCUGCCACCCCUAAUACGGUCGGCGUUUCCGUGACAGGAGCCAAAAAGACGCAAGGAAAGCGGUUUAAACGGCCUAAUCCUAUGCACAAGAUCUCUUACGAAGAAGAUGAUGACUUCUUUGUUUUGAAUCCGGCAGCUAGGAAACGUAACAGAGGAUCAUAG